AUGAAGCUGAUCCAACCACCCAUCUUUGCCCUAAUCCUCCUCCCAGCAACCAUAACCGGCCUUUCCACCUCGCCCCCUCCCAUCGCAGAGCUCCAGGUCCAUCGGCCUCACUGGACCUUUGACUUGUUUCACAACAAGCACUGCGUUGGCACUACAGUCACCUAUGCGGGGCAGGGGUCCUCUGGCUGCCGCAGCAAGAUUGAAAACGGGGGUGCGGAGGCUUUCAUCAACGUUAGCAUCGAUCCGAGCUGCAAGGUGGAACUGUUCAGGGACAAGAAGUGUUCACGACAUGCGAUGAUCGAAGAGAUCAAGACUCGAACCACUACCAAGUGCAAGCCCAUCUCGCGGAAGAAGGCGGCUCAGAGUUUUGAAGUGUCUUGUCAGUGA